AUGUCACACUUGCAUUUACCCUCCUCUUUCCCUCGUCAUAAAGUGUCACAAAUAUUUGGACCCCCUUUGAAGUGUGACAUCCUUUAUGGACGGCCCCAAAUCGACGAGAAAACGAUGGAAACUAAUGCUAGAUCUGAGUCAUUGAGUGUUGACGAUGAGGAUAAAGAUGACGUUUUUGAUGUAAUUAUAAAGCUAAGAAAAGAACUACUUGCUUCAGUUGAAGUUGCUAAACGAACCAAAAAAAGAACAUAUUGCCAGUGUUGUAUUUUGAUUCGACAGGAUCGGCACGACGUGGAUCACAUAAGUCAAGUACUUAUUGACUAUAAGCACUACGUCUCAAAAAAAUUGAAAGAAUGGCCUUUGUAUUCGAAUGUUGUAACCGAUUUUUCUAUGGCACUUAUUGAGGCUGUUUUGAAAGGAUUUAACACGAUGGAAAUUCCGACGUAUUUGCAAUAUGCAAUGAAAUGGGCAACCAGUGACGUCAUUCCAAUUAAAAUUGUACAACGCUCCUCAAUGAAUUUUGAAAACAGAUGGGUCUUGAGAUCCGCUCUGAACUUUGCAAGUGAUGGAGAAGUAGUCAGAGAAGUAGCCAGUGCAAGAGAACAAGAUAUAGAGAUAUAUGAGAAAAGAAAGGGCACGAGCAACUAG